GUGCGCGGAAGAUGGCGACCUCCCUGGGCUCAAAUACAUACAACAGACAGAACUGGGAAGAUUCGGACUUUCCUAUUCUCUGUCAAACAUGUCUUGGGGAAAAUCCAUACAUUCGUAUGACAAAGGAAAAGUACGGCAAAGAGUGCAAGGUGAAGUCAGGAUCUAAAGUUUGGUGUAUAAUAUGUGCUCGUCCCUUCACUGUCUUCCGGUGGUGUCCUGGAGUGCGGAUGCGUUUUAAGAAGACAGAGGUGUGUCAGACCUGCAGUAAGAUGAAGAAUGUCUGUCAAACGUGUUUACUGGAUUUGGAGUACGGUCUUCCAAUCCAGGUUAGGGAUACGGGUGUGUCCAUAAAAGAUGACAUGCCGAAAUCUGACGUGAACAAAGAAUAUUAUACGCAGAACAUGGAGAGAGAGAUCCAGAACUCUGAUGGCACCAGGCCGGUGGGGAUGCUGGGUAAAGCUCAGAACCCCAGUGACAUGCUGCUGAAGUUGGCACGCACCACACCGUACUACAAACGCAACAGACCCCAUAUCUGCUCUUUUUGGGUGAAGGGAGAAUGUAAGAGAGGAGAGGAGUGUCCAUACAGGCAUGAGAAGCCCACAGACCCUGAUGAUCCUCUUGCCGAUCAGAACAUUAAAGAUCGUUUUUAUGGCACUAACGACCCAGUGGCUGAUAAACUGCUCAAGAGAGCGACCACCAUGCCUCGCUUGGACCCGCCCGAUGACAAGUCAAUUACCACAUUGUAUAUAGGAGGUUUAGGAGAAAACGUCACUGACUCUGAGCUCAGGAAUAACUUCUAUCAGUUUGGCGAGAUUCGUACAAUCACUCUGGUUCAGCGGCAGCAGUGUGCGUUCAUUCAGUUCGCUACGCGCCAGGGGGCAGAACUCGCAGCAGAGAAAUCCUUCAACAAGCUCAUCAUUAAUGGUCGCAGGCUGGCGGUGAAGUGGGGACGCUCUCAGGCCGCUAAAGGUAAAGAGGUCAAGGAGGGCUUCAGUGAGAUGGGCACCAGACUGGAGCCAGUACCAGGUCUACCAGCAGCUCUUCCGCUUCCUCCAGCUCUGGAGGAUGAAGGCUCAGCCAACUACUUUAAUCUGGACCCAAGCAGUUCUCCAACAGUUAUGAACAUCAGUCUACCCCCUCCACCUGGACUACCAAACCCACCACCACCAGGUUUUGGACCUCCAAUGUUCCACCCCAUGGGUCCUCCUCCACCUCCUCCGAUGGGUUUGAGACCACCAGGCCUCAUCCAUUACCCUUCCCAGGAUCCUCAGCGCAUGGGCGCGCAUGCUGCGAUUCGUCACGCUGAUUGAUUGACUCCUCCCAUUUGGACUCGAUUAGCCAAUUGGCUGUAGCGUGUGGAGGGGUCAUGCUAAGCCUCUCUUGUGAUGUCAUCAGAGGGUGGAGUCUGAUCUUUGACAUCAUACAGAGCGAUUAGUAAAUGGAUCACCCGGCCUGUUUGGCACACAUUCUUUGAAAAGUGCCAGUAGAUGGUCUGGUAGUUUAAUUGGGUGAUGUUUUUUUUUGAGCACAAUGCCAAGUGGACUGCAAUCGUGUUGUAUGUAUUAAAAAAAAUGCUUCAGUCACACUGCUUAUAGAGACACCACAGGGGACACUUUUUUUUUUCCUUUUGUUUACGACUUGAUGACAAAUAAACAUGCCCUUGUUAUUAGCAUAUACCCAUCUUACUCCAGACACUAAACCAACUUUAACUGUCAUAGUUAUAAGCAGGGAAUUGAAAGUGCACUGCUACUGUUAUCUUUCAUGAACAUUAAAACCCAGCUGUCAUUAAAAUGUG